CGGCAUGACGCGGCGGCGCCCCGGCGACGGCGGGAGGUGGGCGCCGGCAGCCCUGGCCGCGCUCCUGGCCCUGAGAGGUCUUGUGUGUCCUCUGGAGGUGUCAGUCAGUUCAGGGAGUAUCCAGGUUGCCCGAGGCCAGACAGCAGUGUUGCCCUGCACCUUCACCACCAACGCUGCUCUCACCAACCUCAAUGUCAUCUGGAUGGUCAUUCCUCUCUCUAACGCCAACCAGCCUCAACAGGUUAUUCUCUACCAAGGGGGUCAGAUCUUUGGUGGUGCACCCCAGUUCUAUGGGCGAGUGGGGUUUGCUGUGACAAUGCCAACCACCAGUGCCUCCAUCUUCAUCAACAACACUCAGCUCUCGGAUACUGGCACGUACCAGUGUUUGGUCAACAAUCUUCCCGACCGAGGCGUCAGGAAUAUUGGAGUCAUUGGACUUACUGUCUUGGUUCCUCCUUCUGCCCCACUUUGCAGAAUCCAGGGGUCCCUGGACGUGGGCAGCGAUAUCACACUGACCUGCAGCUCGGAAGAAGGCAUCCCCCGGCCUACAUACCUCUGGGAGAAACUGGACAAUGUCCCCAAGUUGCCCCCAACUGCCACACAAGACCAAGUCCAGGGCACUGUCACUCUCCGAAAUAUCAGCACUGUGUCCUCAGGUCUUUACCAAUGUGUGGCUUCAAAUGCCAUUGGAACCAGCACUUGCCUUCUGGACCUGCAAGUCAUUGCACCUCACCCGCGGAGUGUCGGCCUGAUUGCAGGAGCGGUGGCCACAGGUGCCGUCGUGCUCGUUAUUUGCAUUGUGUUGGUGGCUGUAGCACUGUUCUACUGGAAAAACAAACACAAAGAAGAAGAAGAGGAGGAAAUUCCCAAUGAGAUAAGGGAGGAUGACCUGCCACCCAAAUGCUCCUCUGCCGCAAAGACGUUCCACGCUGAUGCGUCCUCAUCAGAGAACGACACCCUCACCUCCUCCAACACCUACAACAGCCGCUACUGGAACGACCCCAAAGCUAACCACGCCACGGACUCCUUCACCCGCUUCAGCAACAGCAACGACGCUCACCAGCCCCCCUUCUCCCGCUCGGGGAGCACGAGUGCCCGUCCCGUCUAUGCCAACGGCGGCCACCCAUCCCCGGCUCCCGCUAAGACACUGGUGGUGACGGCCAGCACGGCGCCGUCGCCUCAGGAGGUGAUCCGCAGCAACGGCUCGGUCAGCAGGAAGCCACGGCUGCCGCACACCCGUUCCUAUGCAGUCAGCCAGGCCACGCUGGAGCGGAUCGGGGCUGUCCCCGUCAUGGUGCCCGCCCAGAGCCGGGCUGGCUCCCUGGUGUAGGACCGUGUUGGAAGCUGAGAGAUGAGCAAGGGGCCUCUCAUCCCCAGUGGGGUGAAGAGACCCUACUCCUUCCUGAAAGGCAGCGAGGUGGCGGGGGGUCACACGCUCUCCUCUCCACCUGCCCGCCCCUCUCGAGGCUGCUGCCAGCUGGUGGGACAGCCCUGUCUGAGCCGCUUUCCCCCCAGCUGCUGGAGCUCCCCGUGCCAAUGGACGCCACAGAUGUGCCAAGGCCAGAGGAGCAGGGAGGUCGGGACAUGCUCCCGGGCUGCUGGGCCCCACCUGGGACAUGCACUUGGGCCUGACCCUGCGGGGAACUUUUGCUUUUAUUUCCUGUUGGUUUUGUUGGGGACUGAUUCCAUUCAUUUGGGUCUUCCAGGGAGGUUCGGGAGAUAUAUAUAUAUAUAUUAUUUUUUUCCGUUGUUGUUGCUGUUUUGUUUCCAAGAGGACGACAACCUGCGUGGGGGCAGGGAAGGCUGAGCAGCCCCAGCUUCCCAUGGCCCUGGCUCUGCUGUUGGAUUCGGGAGUACUGUGCACUGGGGCUGGGUGUGGCGAGGCAUGGGACAGGCUGGAAGGGACGGGUGAAGGCACAGCCACCAGCCCAGGCAAGGGGAUGGUUGGGUGAGGGUGCAGACCGGGAAGCAUUUGUCUUUAUUUUUUACAGUUCUUCCCCCCACCUCAGCACACACAGACACACGCAGGCACACACACACAGACACAUGCAGAUCCUCAGACUGGGUGUUUCUCCUGCACUAGGUUGGAGUGCCGCCAGAGCCCUGGUUAUAGCUGUGGAGGAUGCAGCCGUAUGAGCAUCUUUCCCUGAGACACUCAGUGCAGGGCGAGGCUGCACCGCUGCUGCUGCUGUUGCUGCUGCUGCUGCUGCUCUAGGGCUUGGAUCUCUUUUUUUCCUUUUCUUGGGUGUCACUGGGGUUACUCAGGAGGCAGAGAGGAGCAGGGUGGUGUGGUGGAGCACCAGGCAGGUUCAUGAGGCAUCUGUCACUCCUGGGCUGCUCUGGUUUAGGGCAAGUGACUUCAAACCCCUCAACUUUGAUGUUUGCAUGGUGGAUUUUAUUCAUCAGGCUAUGCAGGGCUGGGCAGCAUGGCAGGGCACAUGUUGUGCUUGGAGCCUUCACAGAGAGGCAUCAUUCCUGCUCUCCCACGUGCACAGACACAUUGGCAGGAUUUGUUUCCUGCUCUAGAAAGCAGAGGCUUAAUGGAAGCCCCCACACUAUCUCUCUGCCUCCCCCAUUUCCCUCAACAUCCUGGGACUGGGUACUGGUGGCAUCUGCCGGUGGCCCUGCCACUCCUUGCAGCCAGGUGGGUGGUCAUGGUGAGCACCUCUACUUUUUUCUAUUGCAACUAAAUAGCCUUAAUCAAAGCCAAGAGUUGAAACCUCUGGAGGAACCUGAUGCCAUUUGGAGGGCUGGACUGAGGGCUGGGAUUUCCCCUCCUGGAGAGCACUGAUUCAAAGAGGCCACGCCUGGAUAGGGGUUUUGGCCCUCCUGCAUAACACCAAGCCUUGCCCAGGCAAAGGCAGUGAUCACCUCAAAAAACACCAGAGCCCUCCCAGGUCUGCUCUUGGAAAAGCAAUGUGGGGAGUCACAGGUGACUUCCCAUAGUUCUCACAUUGGAAAAAGGGUCUGUUUAAGCCAACAGACUCUUCCUCAUCCCCACUUUCCUUGUCCCGGUACGGCUUUACUUUCCCUAGCAGUGCACAAACCUUGGGCAGGGCCUUCUACCUGAGCAGUACAAAUGCAAGCACAGACUCUGAGGAAGAGGAGGGAGACGUGAGGGCUGGGUUCCCACAUGGACACACUGGCUUUUUGGGAGACUGGGAGCUCCCAAGCAGCACUAGGUUUGAAGCUUGGCUGAGAUUUUGUGCCUUCUUUUCUUAAAAAAAAAAAAAAAAAAAAAAAAAAAAAAAAAAAAAAAAGAGAAAAAAAAAAAAAAAAAGAGAGAAAAAGAAAGAAAAAGAAAAGAAAAAAAGGAGAGAAAAAAAGAAAAAAAAAAUCCAACUUCCAUUCUUUCCCCCUCUGCAGCACUGCAUGCAGAAUGUGUGCAAACUCCCCUGGUGCUGCAGGCAGGCGGUUGCUCUGUGUGCACACACUUCACUGGAGCACUCCUGUUUCCUGCCUGUCUGCUCACUUUGCUGCUGGGUGGUAGGAUUGAUGGGGAAGAAGAGUGGCUUUAGAAACCCUAAUGUGUGAAGGAAAAAACCCAAAACAAUCAAAGAAAAGCCCAGACACAUUCUCUCUGCUUUUGAACAACCCCUGUGUGACAUUUACAGGAACACUGCCCUCAGCAGGCACCCUCCUCUACUGGGAAAGCUCUUCUGGUUCCUACCGUCCAUAAGACUGUUUGCUCCUCUUUCUUUGUUCUUUCUAAUUGUAUAAAAUUCAAUAAAAUUUUAUUCAUAUAAAAAAAGGA